GAACCCAGAACCAAAUAGGUGACCACAUAAGAAAAGUUGAAACUUUGGCGAUUGAAUUGCCAAACGUUUUUCUUAUCGAUCCGUCUUUCAAACAUAAAAAAUGGUUACUCCAAGGCAAAGAAAAAAACAGCGUUCCGGACAACCUCGAUUGACGAGAAGGAAUCACAAUAAGAAAGCCAAAGCAAAAAUUUAUGGUAAUGCUAUUGUUCGUGAAAAUUGGGAUAUGCAUGCUACAUUGACUCAAAAUUAUGAGCGAAUGGGUCUUGUGGUCACUCCCAAUUAUGUUACUGGCGGUAAAGAAAAAAUCAACCCAGAGCCCAAACUUCAAAAGAACGAGAAAAACGCUGAACCUACUGCAGAGGAAUUAGAAGAAGUUCGAAGAAGCUUGGGUCCCGGCCAGGCUAUUGUUCGAAGGGACGACGAAGGGAACAUCAUCGAGAUUAUCCAUGGAAAAGAACGUACUUUUGAUGAUAUUUUGGAUGAAAAAGUACAAUCUGUCCCUGCUAAGACUGAAGUCACAAAGAAAUUAGAAGAAGAAGCCUCUCGGAAAGAUAAACCUCGCAAAAAACUUCCCUUAAGCGCCUUUGAGCUUUCUUAUGUGUCUAAACUACUUAACAAGUAUGGUACUGAAGAUUUUGAAAGCAUGGCAAAAGACGUGAAAUUGAAUCCGAAACUUUUAAGCUCUGCUAAACUUAAGCAAAUGUACAGUCGCAUGCAAACAUAAGAAAUAACAAAUUUUUAUAGUAUCGUUUCUAAAAAUGGAUUUAAUACAAAGUUUGGGUUAGUUAGGAUUUUGGAUGAAAAUAUUAAAAUAACAUUCUAUUUCUCAUAUACUCAUGUAAUAAUAGAUCCUCUAUUUGUGCUACCC